AUGUUCCAGGACCAGGAUGUUCCAGUGAUCCUUCAGUCUUUCAGUCAGAUUCCGAGCAUCAGGAGGAACACAAGCCUUGAUUUAGAGCCCCAACAAGAGCCUCAGCAAGAGCCUCAGCAAGAGCCUCAGCAAGAACCUCAGCAAGAGCCUCAGCAAGGGCCUCAACAAGAGCCUCAGCAAGAGCCUCAGCAAGGGCCUCAACAACAGCCUCAGCAAGAGCCUCAGCAAGAGCCUCAGCAAGGGCCUCAACAAGAGCCUCAGCAAGAGCCUCAGCAAGGGCCUCAACAAGAGCCUCAACAAGGGCCUCAACAACAGCCUCAGCAAGAGCCUCAACAAGAGCCUCAGCAAGAGCCUCAGCAAGGGCCUCAACAAGAGCCUCAGCAAGAACCUCAGCAAGGGCCUCAACAACAGCCUCAGCAAGAGCAGCAGCAGGAGCAUUUAGAACAUGAUAACCACGGGACCCCGGAGCCUGGGAACAACGACAAUCUUGCCCACAUUAAGUUUCGCAUCAAGCAGCUCCUCAACAGGCGCUUCAUGCUGCUGGAGAUGCAGCGCUUCAGGAAGAAGGAUGACAGGGUCUCCACCACAGGGGGAAUGACCUGUGAGAACGGUGACGCGGUGUGUGAGCUGCAGACCAUCCAGAGCGAGUUGGAGCAGCUGCUGGCCAAAAAGGAGAAGUUGAAGAAAGAGGGAAAUGACUCUGAGCCCACAGCAAACGGAGGCAGGUUAUUAGAGUUUAAGGACGAAAAUGUGCUUGAACAGUACUGUCAUUUUGAAGCAGCCCCCCCCCCCCCAGCACCCACCUGCACGCUCCAGGGAAAUGUUAUUUAA